CUUCUGUUGGGAGUGAGCCUUUCCUGGACCUAUCACUUUCUGUGCCGAUGAAGAAGGCAUGUAUGGAUAAUACCCCGGUUAGUGAUGGUUUGGGCAAUGGGUUUCUAGCAGGGAACAACACUGAGUCUGAUCCAGAUGAAGUUGAUGAUACGAAUUCACCAGUAUCCGUAGAGAGUUGUUUGGCGCAUUUCAUAAAGCCUGAGCUUUUGUCUGGUGAGCAUGCUUGGCAUUGUGAGAACUGUUCAAAACUAGUAAAAGAAGGACGAAAAAGAAUGAGGAAAAAUCAGCAGAAAACGGCAUUGAUCCAGAGAAACAAGUCCAGUAAUGUAUGUUCGACUUCUGAAAUUUUGCAAGUUAUGAGUCAUUCUUUUCCAGACUCCUUGGCUGCUCUUGGAAAUGGCAUCAGUGAUACAGAUGAGAACUUGAAGAAGCAUGACACCAGAAGAACCAAUGAGCUUUGUCAAGAUUUAUCACAAGAGGAAGAAAUUAGAUGUGUACCAGAAGCUGCACAUCUUAGUGCCUCUGGUCUGGCUGUUUGUUCUAUACAUUCUGAUGGUAAAUCUGAUGAUACCAAUGAUAAUGGUCCUGUAGGGAGACCGUUUGGACUAAGUGAGGAGCAUGAAUCAGGAGAAGAGGAGGAACUUGAUUUGAAGUGUGUUAAGGUGAUGAGAGACGCAACUAGACGGAUACUUAUCAGCAAGAUCCCUCCGAUUUUGACUAUCCACCUAAAAAGAUUUUCGCAAGAUGCUCAUGGCCGUCUUAGUAAAUUGGAGGACCAUGUUAGCUUUAAGGAAUACAUUGACCUUGGACCUUACAUGGAUCGCAGGUCCACAGAAAGAGACAAUUGCAUAUACCACUUGAUUGGAGUGGUGGAGCAUUCUGGAUCAAUGAGAGGCGGGCAUUAUGUGGCAUAUGUUAGAGGAGGUGACAGGCGAAAAGGAAGAUCAGAAGAAGAAACUAUACGGGGACGUUCUGUAUGGUACGAGGUCCUCGGCUGUGAGGCUUACAUUCUGUUUUAUGAGAAAGUUAAACUUUGAUCAAGGUAUCUUUUUUUUGGGGGUAAUAUCACUGUUGAAUUUCUUUCUAAAAGGAGGAAGAGAUCCCGGAGAAAAAAGAAGGUGAUAAGAAAGAUAACUUGAUUUAGAGCUAUUUCUUAAAUCCCCGUACUGAUUUUUUCCAAAUAUGGUGGAAUUUUUUCCAGAGCUAUUACAUUGU